AUGGGUCGGCUCGACCGGAGUGAUACCACGGCCUCACAGAAAACCGGCGUGAAACCGUGUGUUUCGCCGAUGCUGGGCGGCGUGGGUGGGCGGCACGCGUCCGUGCGCCGGCGCGGCAGCUCCCCGGGCGUGCGCCGAUAUGCGGCUGGCGCGGCCGCCGCCGACGAUUCGCCGCCGGCGUCGCCACGGCCCAUGCGUCGCCGGCGAGCCGCACUCGCUGCGCAGGACCACAAAACAUGCGCGCUUAUACAUACCAGACUCAAGUUGGGCGACAUUAUAUUGGAGGAUGCCUGCUGUAUUAUUUACACAGAACAGCCAUCUGCUGAUGACUUUGAUGAUGAUGUUGUCUUUAUUAUGAAGGUAAAACCAGAUGUUGCGCUAGUGAUUAAAUUCUGA